AUGGUUAAAAAAGUAUUCAAAGACGAAGGAGGGCCCGGACCUUUUGCGUACAAUUUAAAAAGUACAAUUGGACUGCCAAAGAAAACCGACCCUUCUCAUUGGCAGUCACCAGCAUAUUCAUUAAAAUCAAAGUUUAAAGAAAUAAACGAUUUUACAAGUCCUGGUCCCGUUUACAAAAUAGAACAUACAACUCGCUAUGGUCCCGAAGCUCUUACAAAAAUAAAAAUUGCUGAAAAGUUGAACAUAAAAGACAUACAGAAGAGUCCGGGACCCGCUGCAUAUUACCCGUGCUACCCAAAUAGGAAACGAUCGCCUACACCUAAAUUUUUAUUUCGUUUCAAAGAGAAAGAAGAUAUUAAAAUUCCUCCGCUUACUAUGUACUAUUAUACUUAUAAUUUGCAAACGACUUACAAACAAUCGGCCGUUAAUUGUAGGACAAAAGGUUUCACUUUGAAGUGGAGAACGAAAUAUGGCGUGAAGGAAUUGGGUAGCGAGGGACCUGGACCGGCAGCCUACGAUGUCGUAAAUAUAGAUAAAUAUAAGAGCACCACGCCCGGUAAAACAAUUGGAUCGUCCAAGAAGAUAUCAGAGGAAAUGACCAACGCAGUCCCGGGUCCAGGGACUUAUAAUAUAUCAGAAUGUGUCAAAGGCUGUCAGAGAAGGUGUACAUUUGGUGUAAAGCACUUGACAAAACAUCCGCCUUAUGUUACACCAGCAGAUAAUAGUUUGUAA